CUUCCAUAUCCUCGGCAACCCAGGACUACUUCGGAGAGCGGAAAUAAGAGGUAAAGUUAACUAGUUGUUGCCCUGCUUUUCUCUCCCCCACCCCAACUUCACUCCUAGAACUAACAGGUUGUUCGUUCUCUUCUUCCAAGAAUGAAUGAUAAUGCAGCUAGAUGCAAUUAUCGCACUUAUGCAAAGCAUUUCGUCCCCCUAAUCUGGCUAAUCUUGGUAGGGAGAGAAUGAACCAAACCCAACGGCGAGUAAAAAGAGUUGAACGACGUCAGGUCCAAGAAGUUAGUCUCAUCUCCACCAGAGUGAGUGAUCAAUGAUUGUGGCUGCCUAGUCCAGAUUGGUCGCUCUACAUCACAUCCUUAACUACGGAGACUCCGUACACAAUGGAGGUUAUCUUCCUAAAUAUGGUACCGGUUCAUGCUGCGGGAAUUCUUUUCCUGUUCUCCCCUACCGAAUGCAUCUGCCAUCCUCUGCUGCAUCAAAGUCUGGUGCUAGUAAAGGAGGGAGGGGCGCCCGCUGACCAACGGGCCAUUCCGCGGCCUCCGUACAGCAGCGUCUCGUUCCACCGUUGCGAUGCAGACAAGCCUCCGUCCCAGGCUUCCAGCCCUAUAGACUACCACAGUGUGGAUGCAGGCCUUCACCUGGCUGUUGAUUUUUGUAAAGCUCCGGGCCUUAGGCUGUCUAUCUUCGAUACUUGGCAAUCAAUUUGUGUUUUUCCCAACAAGUCCAACGAGAAAUAG